ACCCGGGUUCGAUUCCCGGCAACGGAAUGUCCUUUUCCAUUUUUGAAAAGCAAACGGGAAAAGUGUUUUGAAUGGCGACGUUCGAUUAGAUACAACCUCGAGCCUGAGCAUCUCAUCAGGAUCACAAGGAUAUACCCUACCAUACCCCACAUCCUCUCCUAUUCUCGCUACGAGUGUCAACUUCCACCGUAUAAACUAAGCGCAACUCUCCCUCAGGUUUUGGUUGUGGAGUGCUUUUACAUAGUAAUUUCAAAUGGCUUCACCCACUCUAAUCUCUGACACCGAGGCUUGGAAGGACUUGAAGGCUCAUGUUGAGGAGAUUAAGAAGACUCAUUUACGUGAUUUGAUGAGCGAUGCAGACCGAUGCAAGUCAAUGACAGUAGAGUUCGAUAAGGUGUUAUUGGACUACUCACGGCAGCGCGUCACUCUUAAAACCAUGGAUAAGCUCUUCAAGUUGGCAGAGGCCGCACAUCUCAAAGAAAAGAUCGAACGCAUGUACAGUGGGGAGCAUAUAAACAGCACAGAGAAUAGGUCAGUACUUCAUGUAGCUCUUCGUGGUUCAAGAGAUUAUGUUAUGCUGAGUGAUGGGAAGAAUGUGAUCCCGGAGGUCUGGAAAGUUUUGGACAAGAUCCAGGAGUUUUCUGAGAGGGUCCGCAAUGGUUCUUGGGUCGGAGCAACAGGAAAAGCACUUAAGGAUGUCGUUGCUAUUGGUAUUGGUGGCAGCUUCUUAGGUCCUCUAUUUGUGCACACUGCUCUUCAAACAGGGGCUAUCGAAUCUGCAAGGGGACGCCAGCUUCGUUUUCUUGCAAAUGUUGAUCCUAUUGAUGUUGCUAGAAAUAUCACGGGAUUAAACCCUGAAACUACCCUUGUUGUGGUGGUUUCAAAGACUUUUACAACAGCUGAAACUAUGUUGAAUGCUCGAACUCUUAGGGAAUGGAUUUCAGCUGCUCUUGGGCCUUCUGCAGUUGCAAAGCAUAUGGUGGCAGUUAGUACUAACCUUACGCUUGUGGAGAAGUUUGGCAUUGAUCCUAAUAAUGCGUUUGCAUUCUGGGACUGGGUUGGUGGCCGCUAUAGUGUUUGCAGUGCUGUUGGAGUGUUGCCAUUAUCUCUCCAAUACGGGUUCUCAGUUGUUGAGCAGUUCUUAAUGGGAGCCUCAUAUAUUGAUCAACAUUUCUUCAACGCACCAUAUGAGGAAAAUAUACCUGUGCUUUUAGGUUUGCUGAGCAUUUGGAAUGUUUCAUUUCUUGGACAUCCUGCAAGAGCCAUUUUACCUUAUUCCCAAGCCCUUGAGAAGUUUGCCCCACACAUUCAACAGGUUAGCAUGGAAAGUAAUGGCAAGGGUGUAUCAAUUGAUGGUGUGCCACUACCUUUUGAGGCUGGUGAAAUUGACUUUGGUGAGCCAGGAACAAAUGGUCAGCACAGCUUUUACCAGCUAAUUCACCAGGGACGUGUUAUUCCUUGUGAUUUUAUUGGUAUUGUGAGGAGCCAGCAACCUGUUUACCUUAAAGGCGAGGUGGUGAGUAACCACGACGAGCUCAUGUCAAACUUUUUUGCACAGCCUGAUGCCCUUGCGUAUGGGAAGACCCCAGAGCAGUUGCAUAAAGAGAAUGUUCCGCCGCAUCUUAUUCCUCAUAAAACCUUCUCUGGCAAUAGACCUUCUCUCAGCCUUCUGCUUCCAUCAUUAAAUGCUUACAAUAUUGGACAGUUGUUGGCCAUCUAUGAACACAGAAUUGCUGUGGAAGGUUUUGUAUGGGGUAUCAAUUCUUUCGACCAGUGGGGAGUGGAGUUAGGGAAGUCACUGGCUACUCAAGUCAGAAAGCAACUACAUGCGUCUCGCACAAAAGGGGAACCAGUGGAGGGCUUUAACUUUAGUACUACAACAUUGUUAACUAGAUAUUUAAAGGCUACUGCAGAUAUCCCUUCUGAUCCUCCUACCCUUCUACCAAGGAUAUAAUUGCUUAACAUUUGGCUUUUCAAGUGAGGAGACCUCAUGGUAUCAACCUCAUACUUGUGGAUAUUCACUUUUUAACUUAUUGUCAACUUCAAAGUAAGAUGAGCUGAUGAUAUCAGCAUAAUAAUUGGUACCAAUCCAUGCAAUUUUGUUAAUGUUUUCAUGCGAGUUUGCUAAUGUUAUGCACAUGU